AUGGAGGAAACCUGGGCCCCAAACAUCUGGAGGCCCCCCAGGGCACGGGAGUCCCAGGAGAACGGGACAACUGCGGCCUCCACCCAGAAAAGGGCAGAGGAGAGCCCGGAGGGGGUCAUCCGGCAGCCACAAUACAGACGCCAGGAGAUCCAAGGGCCCCCCAGCCAGGGCCCAGCGAAGCCAGGAGGGCACCACUACCCCCAGAAGGGCGAUCAGCGCCAGACCCCGGAGCUGAACCCCCUUCACUCUGGCGUGGAGACAGGAAGACCACCCCAGUCCCCCGCAGCAGCAGAGAAGACCACCAGCCCAGACCCCAACUGGAUGGCCAGCUCAUCCUCACAGCCCCCAGCCCCGGACAGAGAACAGAGAACAGAGAACAGAGAACAGGGGUGUGAAAAAGACCCCAUGCUUCACCUCACCCGCUCAAAUGUAGUGUUGGAGGCCACGAGGAGAAAAAGGAGUCCCAACUCCCCUGCAUCCCAGCGACACACCUGCACCCCAAAACCCUACCUGUAUGUUGAUGUGAUGGAGCGGGAGAGGGGAAGCAUUAGGGAUGGGGAGGAAAGCAUCGGAGGGGGCAAAGUACCCCCCCCCUUUGGAGCCAGCUCCCCCGCUGACCCCCAUAGGCAACCCCGUUGCCCCAAAUCUGCCCCAUGGCAGCCCGGGGCGGCCCACCAGACCCCACAGCAGAGGAAAAACUACCCCCACCCCAUCAUUCAGUCAACUCCCAGACUACUGAAGACAAUAGACACCCAGCUAAAGAGACCCCCGGAUCCACCGACGCAUCGAAGGCCCCCGCACCAGGGCCAGGCUCAAGCGCAUGCGCCAACCCACGCUCCCGGCGGCACACCAACUAGAACCCAAGCCCCCCAGGCCCAGCCGGAAUUCCAGCCCGGAGGCAGAGCGCCCCCAGAACCCCAAGCCCCCCCCGGACCUACCCCGGAGCAGUACGGCCGCCAGGCUGGCAACCUACGUCCGCCGGCACAGGCCUCCCCAGCAGCGCCGCGUGCAGCCGCCAGAAAAACAGCACCCGAGAGCCACCAACACCCCAUCCAGGCCAGGACCGCAGCACCAGCGCCGAAUCCCCCAAGAAACCCACCUCUAGGGAACUCCCAGAUGCCCCAAGCCCAUCUGCCCCCCCCACGCCAACAACAAAGACCAAAGCUGGACAGAAUCAUGACCCCCACCCACACUAGGUGA